AUGGCUUCGACGUCCGCCGCGCUGUGUGACGACAGUGAAGUCUGUCUGCCCAUGCAGCCCCGCCAGCGACAAGCGCGACCAGCCUCACAGAAUCUACCACCCGCUCCCACAGCAGAUGAUGCCAACGCGCGAACGUACAGGACUUACACGUACAAGACUGCGACUGCGACCAAUCCACUGCCAGCGGACCCCAUCCCGCCAUUGGCGGUCUACCACAUCUGUCGCGUUUGUGUGCGGCCGCGCAGUGCACGUUACCACCGUGAGCAUCCCAUCCCAAUUGAUGGAGUUCCUCCCCCGCCCGGAAUCUGCCGCAGAUGUCGCAUCUCCUCCGUCGAGGGAUCCAAGAUUGCCACCGCAGAGGUGACGGAAAUUCAAGAGAGCGGCGAGGUGAAGCUCGGAGUCAGAAGUUUGAUGUCUACCCGCGACUAUUCUUCCGCGGACGUGUUGCGAGCGAGGGCCACUGAGCGCUACAUGCAGCAAAGCGAUUACAUGGAUAUCGAGUCUGCCUCCGAACGGGAAGGUGACAUGAUCUAUCGACGCAUCCGAGGUCGCGCUCACGCACCUCAGCAGAAGGCUUCCGAUGUUGUAUAUCGCCCAGCCCAAAUGACGAUUCCACCAUCACCGCCAAGAUCUACGCCACGGACGAGGACCGUGACGUCAGGCGAAAAGACAAAUACGACAAUGUCCAGCAAAGCCGCAACAAUGGGACAGACUUCAGCAUCCAGAUUGGAUUCGCCCAAAUCUGCAGGUCCGAUGCCGACUCGAGCGGCCUCUCCAACAAGCCCGAAGAGGGUGGACGGUGUUCAAGAAGUGAUCGAGGCCCGAGGAUCUAGGUCGAGGCACGACAAUCGGACCUCCAUUAAGAUUGAAGCGUACAAUCCUCAGCGAGCAGAAGUAGAGAUUCGUCGACUUGCCAGAGACGAGGUCGAACGCUAUCGCCGGAUCGAACGUAUGAUGGAGGCUCACGGAGACGUCUACGCUCACGGCAGGGUAGUAGAGAAGGAGACAGCUCCGCCCGUGCCCAAACCAGCUGCCCGUGUUCCGAUGGAGAGGAGAAUUGCCCUGGAGAAGGAUGUCGUUGACAGGCCAUGGAUCAAGAGUCCUGAGCGUCCGCGCCAACCAGAGCUUGCGACCGCAUCUCGUCAGGAGCGGUCAGAAGCUAGGAAGAUUGAGAGGGACCGUAUACUGCAAGCUUCGCUUGCUUCGCUUGCUUCGCUUGACGGUCACCCUCGCGUAGAAGACAAGGGACCGCGCCCGCACCGGUUCCGGGCUGACUCUUCCUCAGACAGUUCUGAUGCGCCAGGAGGGCCGGUAUAUGACAUCUCUGCAUAUCGCCGAGAGCGAGCAUCAACUGACAGAGAUGAAGUGUCCGACCGGCGUGAGACUCAAUGGGCUAAGAUCAGGGUACAGCUUGACAGGGACCAACUCCUGAAGGACAGGGAUGAGAUGCUCCGCGUCGAGAUGGAGAAGCUCGAUCAGAAGUUGAAGGAGCCUGCUGCAGAUGCGCGCUUCAAAGAAGCCGCCAGCUCGUCCAGUGAUAGGUGGACUGACCGAGAGUAUUGGCUUGAUGGCCCUCCUGCGCAAACAGGGGCAGCCCACUCAACAAAGACUGCCGCACCACGCAACGAGCAGCCUCCAACGACUUUACGUACUAAGAGACUGGUUCUUCAGCGCCAGCCGGUCGUUCCAGAGGAAGUCACACAAGAGCGUGUUAUGGCGAGCUCUUCCCAUGGUGCGAGACAUCAAGUUGUGGAGCGUGUAGCGGCGAGCACUCUCCCAUAUCCUGCCGAGGAAAGCAUUGUUUCCGCGCAKAUGCCUUCACCUCAGCCACAGCCGCAAGCCUCCAAAGCGAGGACAAGCCAACCUCAAGAUCCCGAAGGUGAAUACACCUAUGUCAAGCGAACUGUUCAACACACAAGAGCAUCGUCGAGAUCUGGUCGCGAGAAGCCCUACUACGAAGUGCAGGAGACCUUUGGUCGGCGCAGCAAGCCCGCACAGGAUCAGGUCAAGCCUCGGGAAGAGUCGGAAGUUACUGUCCGAGGCAAGGAAAGCAAGCCGCCCACGAGCGACCUUUCCUCUCGAGUUCGCUUUGCUCAACAAGUCGAGUUCUCUCCCACGCCACCCGGAAGCGAGGCGGGCUCGGAUCAGUUCAGGAAACUGGGUAGGAUGAGGAGAGAUCUCGGAAGUGGAGAGACGGGAGGAGAUCUCAUUGCGGAGUACGAGCGUAGGGGCCGUGCUCGAAGCCGUCUGCCUUAUGAAGGGUACGAUUACCGCUAG